AUGACACUAGUAUAAUUUUAGAAGAUUUCAAAAAACAUCUUAUCAAUGAUUUUAAAUAAAAUAUCAUAAUAUGUGAUAGAAAUAAAGCAGUGUAUAAGAUGUAAUUUUAGUUUAUGAUUUUAAAAUGCAAGGUGGUGAUAUUUUUAUUCCAUGAUUCAUCCUUGAUAGAUAUUAAAUAAUAAAAAAAAACUGUCAAUAUGGAAAUGGAACCUUUAAUGAUAUCAAACACUUCUUGUGAUGGAUGUAUUGAUAGUGACAAAGAUUCCGAUAGCAGCAGUAUGAUUGUGGAUCCAGUAAGUCUUGAUCAAAAAGACUUAUCACCACAUUUACAUAAAAAUAUGAAUAUGCCAUCGCAUAUUGGUGGGACUACGAAGAAUCGCAACAGAGUGGUUAAAAAAAAUUAUUCAGUCAUUUCAGGAAGUCAAAAGUCUGGCCAAUCAUCAUCAUUUCCAUCAGAAAGAAUUUCAUCAACACAAAUAAAACCACCUUACUCAUACAUCGCUUUGAUAACAAUGGCGAUUCUUCAAUCACCACAAAAAAAGCUCACACUUAGUGGCAUAUGUGAAUUUAUAAUGGCACGUUUUCCUUAUUAUCAUGAAAAGUUUCCUGCUUGGCAGAACUCUAUUCGACACAAUCUAUCAUUAAAUGAUUGUUUUAUAAAAAUACCUCGGGAACCGGGUAAUCCAGGAAAAGGAAACUACUGGACACUUGAUCCAUUAGCUGAAGAUAUGUUUGAUAAUGGUAGUUUCCUUCGACGUAGAAAAAGAUACAAAAGGCCACCACCACAUUAUGUCUUACGAGAUCGUACGAUAAUGGCAACAUUUGCUAUCUGUGGUGAUCGUAGUACAUGUCCAGGAGUUAAUCAUACUGGUGGAUUAACGUAUCCAAACUCUAGUACUACAACAUACAUAACAUCACCACCACGACUUCCAAUUUUCGAUUUUCCACCGACGACACUAGAAGCUUUGAAACUUGGUGCAUUUUUGGAACCACCACCACCACUUUAUAAACCAGUGCCACUCACUGCACCUCAUCAACAGAUUCGUCAACUUAUAACUAAUUCAUCAACACUUCCAACAACCACGAUGACCACCAAUAUCGCUGAUCGUCUUGCUAUAUCCAUCAAUUCAGGAGGCAUUGAUAAGAAAACUAGUUUCAGUAUAGAUGCUCUCAUUGGUAAACAAGCUCAUUCCAAUCAGAAUAUAACUGGUCUUCUUGAUCUCAGUUCUCCAGAUCAUCGAGAAAUAAGAAGUCAAGUAUCUGCUUUUUCACCCCUUGUUUAACCACUAAUAUUAUCAUUGAUUUAUAAUGAUUUUAUUAUAUUUAUUAUGUAUUUAAAAAAACAAAAAAGUACAUUCGAAUAAGUAGCUCUAGUAGUCCAUUAUAUUUCUACGAAACGUACAAAAAGUUUAAUGUAUGUAGUUUUUAGAUAAAAUAAAAUGUCCACGGAAGGCUCAAGAAUUUUAGCUUGUUUGAAGAAUGAAAAUAUAAUGCCUAGUGGUCGGCUCUUUCAAGUGAUUGGGUGUUUUCAAUGUUUUAAUUUUAGGCUAGACUCAGGUUUAUACUUUAGCUUAAAAAUUGUAAAUUGCUUAUAUCAGAAAUUCACAUAUCUAUCUUAUUGA